GACUGACGAGCAAUCAGCAGAGCACUAUCACAACGAGCCUUUCUAGUCAUUCUAGCGAUUACUGCGUGCGUAUUAUUUACCUUCGUAGAUUUGUAAAUGUUUGUGUGGCAUUGUUUGCUUUAAAAAUGCGGAUGAACUUGUUUGGUACGUUAGAGUCGUAGAGACAACAUCUUUAUGGUGUGCAUAGCAUGUGCGACAUCGCUGCUUGUAACAGUAACACUGCACGUCUGUUCUGAAUUCGGAAGCUCUGACCAGCAGCCAUGUGUGGAUGAUAAUACAUACAGUACCAUAACUUUCAAAUCGGCUCCUGCUGACCGCUUUGCCACUCAAGUGUUUGUUGCCAGUACAGAGCACGGAAAACUGCAGAUUCUGUAGAAAUUUAGUUUUACUCGGUUGUUUGAAAUGGAAUCAGUUGUGAAUAAUCCAGAUUUCGAAUCUCCUCGAAAACUUUCUGUCCCGCGAAAGUUUAGUGGACCGCCACUUGUCCUGCAAAAUCCCAACAAAGACGAAUUCAGCAAUAAAGUGGAAGCUGUUCCGGAGGGGAUUGUGAAAGGGUUCGGGGGAGCUUUUGAAAAAACUAUCGCGGCUUUGGCGCUGGAUGCUGGCCGGUCACGUGGCAGCACACCCUUGAAAACGCCAACAAAUGGUCUGUCCACUCCAGAAAAGAACGCGAAUCCCAUAAGCGAAAAGGCAGUAAACCCGGCGGCUGGAGCUGCACUGCAGGAGGUAAUUGUGGACAGUGCGCUGACGCGAAAGUGGUUUGUGAUGGCAGCCAAAGACGAUACGUGCAGUAUCAAGCGCAUGGCCAGAGAAGAGCCGCGGCUGGUUUUUCUUCGUGAUAUCGGAAAUGGUUAUACGGCUUUGCACUGGGCUGCUCACCACGGGAACGUUGAAAUUGUUCGAUUCCUUGUGGACGCGUAUCACGCGAACGUAGGAGCGAAAUCUCGCGCUGGUUACACUCCUCUGCAUAUUGCUUACAUGCGGCAGCACAAGGAUCUCGUUAAAGCGCUUUUGGAGCACUGCAAAGCGGAUCCGGGAGAAUUCGACUACAGCGGAAAAAUACCAGAACAGUACGCAGACCGCAACCGGCACCGCGCGCAGAAGGCACAGGCGCGCCCGGUCGUUACCAGAAAAGCAACAACACUUUCCACGGCCAUCUCAUCCAGCAUGCGACGUGUUGGAUCCUUUAACGCGAAGAUUCGCAGCUCGGUGAUGCGCCGUAUGGGAAAAGGACAUCUUUCUCAUAGCAGCAUUCGUCCCAGUGCAAGCUUUCCUGACCGGGUCGUGGAGGAUCAGGAAGCCGGUUUCGAUCCGGAUUUCGCUUUAAUGCCGCCACCGAGUACCGUUCGAGGCUUGAAACAUAAGAAACGACCAGGAUCUGAUCUGAUGCGGCGCGGAUCGGUGAAUUCCGAUGUUUCUCGGUCUGAUUCGGUGAUCUCCAUAGACGAAGGUAGUGGAACUACGGGGAAACCCUUCGAUUCGGGCAGUGACAGCGUCAGUUUCCAUGAAUCGGAAUCGUAUGACUCGUUUGUAUCGGGAAACGAUAGCGCGGCCACCACCCCUGUUGGCAAGCAUUCCAGUCCGCUGGUAUACACGAAAUCGCUGAAUAGCCCGGAUGGGGGAUCUCAGGUGUGAUACGUCAAAGGAAUCUGGCCAUUUCACUUUUAUCGAAGAUAUUUUUGAGUUGUAUUAGCUUGAGGGUAUGCUUUCCGGUUUAAAGUUCCAUUUUGUGACUGACUUUUUGUUCCCAACUGUGCCGUUUUGAUAAUGGGUGUUACAAUUAUUUUUGCCUUGCUUUCUGAAGUUACUGAUAAGGUUUUAUCCUUACUGCUGUGUUUUCUGCAGCUCAGGGAGAUUGAGUUUUGUAAAAUAGUUUUUACCGAAUUACUAAGAGCGAUAAGCAAUGG